AUGGCAUCAGAGGUGCUCUACAAAGUGGGGAAUGGGGAGGGGGCCACGAUGAAGAAGGAAACCCUCAACCUUCUGAAUGCGCACCAUCAAAUGCUGCAGCCCUUUCCAAACCCCAAGUCUAUGAACAGGACCAUCACUACCAAAGGACUCCCGCUUUCCUCCAGUGGCAGUCUGGUUACCUUCUUGGAGGAAGAUACCAUCAGUCUUCCGAAACUGAUGCCACUGGAGGAUUCUGAAGGCAGCUCCGAUGACACCAGCAUCUCCCCCGUCUCAUCCACCUUGUUGAAUCCCAUCAAAUUGGUUGUGACCCAGCCCAACAGCAGCUUCUUUGCAGGGAUGCUGGAGGGUGAGCUGAACAAACUUAGCUUCUCCUCUGUGGCCAAGAAUGUAGAAAAGGGAGACCCGGCCCUCUGCCCCCACCAAUCUAAGUCCCAAAUGGCCUCUGGGGGCAUUCUGGACCUUGACAACCCUGAACUGGACAUAGACACCUCCUCAACGUCCUCAGAGUCCUCUGUGGUGGUGGAUGUGCCAGAGGCGCCCUUCAUCUGUGAACACACAGUCAGCGAUUCCACUGCUGUGAUUUCCUGGACCUAUGCCUUGGGCAAGCAGCAAGUCAGUUUCUACCAGGUCCUCUUGCAGGAGGUGGCAAAGAAAAAUGACGAUGAGCCGCCCAAGGCAAAGAAUCGCCCAUGGAUCUUCAACAAGAUCUUGGGGAUCACGGUGAAGCUGAUGGAGCUGAAGCCUAACACGAGUUACUGCCUCACCGCCCGCGCGGCCAACACAGCCGGGGUGGGGAAGUGGUGCAAGCCCUACAAAUUUGCAACUGUGGCCGCUCACUUGAACAUCUUCCCCAAGCACAACCCCAUCCAGAUCACUGUGCAACGCAAGGAACCCCAGCGGAAAACCGUGUUCAUCAGGCUGGAGGACAUGCGGAGGCAAGAUCCGGAAUGCCUAUUUCCCUACAAAGUGGGAAGGCUCCAGGAAGCCCACCUACCUUCAGCUUUGGCCCAGGGCCCUCAGGAACUGGAACCAUUAAAUGGACCACCAGCACCAUGCCAGGGAACCACUGAUGAUGCUGCCGGCCCAGGGCCUGGUGACAGUGGUACUGGAACUCCACCCCUGGGCUGGGGCCAAGGCUAG